UUUUGUAGAACAGGAAAAAAGUCGCAAAAAGCAUGAUUCAGAUGAAUGAAAUUAGCACUGAAUCCUCGGAAUUUAAUGAAGAACUAUAUAAAGAUAAACAGGAUGUUUUUGAGGAAUUUUUUAUAGCAUCACGCUUUGGAGAUUUGGAAACUAUUAAGACACUUAAAUUAUCUCCAAUUGAUUUAUUUCAGAAAGAUAAUAAUGGUAAUACAGCUUUGCAUAUUGCAUCAGCAAACGGACAUAUAGAAAUUGUCCGAUUUUUACUUUCUCAAUAUCCUAAGAUAAAUAAUGGAUUUGACUACCUUUCAAUUAAGAAUCACUCUGGAAAUACACCCCUUCAUUGGGCAGCAAUGAACGGGCAUGACAAAAUAGUUUGUGAACUUGUAAAAUGCGGAGCAAAUCUACAUGUUCGGAAUAACGCACAAAAGACGCCGCUAUGGGAGGCGGAAUUUCAUGGUAAAACAAAAGUUGUUACAUGGCUUCUUGAACAUACAGAUCUUGUGCCAAAUGAUGAUAAUGAUACUGAAGAAUAUUAA